UGUCCUUAGCCACCAUUGAUUCGUUCCGUAUUUUGUUCUGACAGAAAGAUUCGUUUAAUAUUUUAUAUCAAAUGGUAAAUGACUUAAAAUAAAAUCGUUAUUUUUUUAAUAUUGUGAUGAUUAUUGUGAGUAGGUACACUCACCAAAUUGCAUUGCUAAAGUUUUAUUUUCUUCUAUAAAGUAGAAUCCUAUAAACCUGGGAUAAACUCGUGUGAAUUUCUCUAAGAGUAAAAAUAUCUAAUGGCUUCUUCCAUCAAAAUCUCAAGGCUCAUUUCUCGCUCAAUUUCUUCUGCUUCUUCUUCUACCUCUUUGUUUUCUCGAGGUAGGAAUGGUGGUUACCCGGGUGGAUUACUAGCUAAAUAUAGCACGGCUGCUGUUGUUGACGAACAGCCGAUUAAACCAUCAGUGCAAGUAGAGCAUACUCAGCUCUUAAUUGAUGGAAAGUUUGUAGAUGCUGCUUCUGGUAAAACAUUUCCAACAUUGGAUCCAAGGACAGGGGAAGUGAUUGCUCAUGUUGCUGAGGGUCACUCUGAAGAUAUUGAUAGGGCUGUUGCAGCUGCGCGCAAAGCAUUCGAUUUUGGGCCGUGGCCUAGGAUGACAGCCUAUGAAAGGCAAAAGAUAAUGUUGCGAGCUGCUGAUCUGAUUGAAAAGCAUAACGAUGAUAUUGCAGCACUUGAGACUUGGGAUAAUGGGAAGCCAUAUGAACAGUCUCGUCAAGUGGAAAUUCCAAUGUUGGUUCGCCUAAUUCGGUAUUAUGCUGGUUGGGCAGAUAAGAUUCAUGGUCUCACAGUUCCAGCUGACGGUUCCUAUCACGUGCAGACCUUGCAUGAACCGAUUGGUGUUGCUGGUCAGAUCAUUCCAUGGAACUUCCCUCUUCUCAUGUUUGGUUGGAAGGUAGGACCGGCAUUGGCAUGCGGUAACACUGUCGUUCUGAAAACAGCUGAGCAGACACCACUGUCUGCGUUGUAUACAACGAGACUAUUUCAUGAGGCUGGACUUCCUCCUGGUGUGUUGAAUAUAGUAUCUGGCUUUGGUCCAACUGCAGGUGCUGCUCUUGCUAGUCACAUGGAUGUCGAUAAGGUUGCAUUCACUGGUUCGACUGCUACCGGAAAGGUUAUCCUUCAACUGGCAGCUCAAAGCAAUCUUAAACAAGUAACUUUGGAGCUUGGUGGGAAAUCUCCGUUUAUUGUAUGCGAAGAUGCUGACGUAGAUCAGGCUGUUGAGCUAGCACAUUUUGCCCUAUUCUUCAAUCAAGGACAAUGUUGCUGUGCCGGGUCUCGUACAUUUGUACAUGAACGUGUGUAUGACGAGUUUGUCGAGAAAGCUAAGAUCCGCGCUUUGAACCGUUCUGUUGGAGAUCCAUUCAAGUCAGGAAUAGAACAAGGUCCUCAGAUUGAUGCAAAGCAAUUUGAGAAAAUAUUGAGGUAUAUUAGAUCUGGUGUCGAAACUGGGGCUACACUUGAAACUGGAGGAGAAAGGCAUGGCAGCAAGGGCUUCUAUGUUCAGCCUACUGUCUUCUCAAAUGUUCAGGAUGACAUGCUGAUUGCAAAGGAAGAGAUAUUUGGUCCAGUACAAUCCAUAUUGAAAUUCAAGAACAUUGAAGAGGUAAUUCAAAGAGCAAAUAAUUCAAACUAUGGUCUUGCAGCAGGGAUCUUCACAGAAAACUUAAACACUGCUAAUACUUUGACAAGAGCACUGAAAGUUGGAACAGUUUGGGUAAACUGCUUUAAUACAUAUGAUGCUGCAAUUCCUUUUGGUGGAUAUAAGAUGAGUGGACAAGGCAGAGAAAAAGGAGAAUACAGUAUUAAGAACUACUUGAAUGUGAAAGCUGUUGUUACUCCCUUGAAGAAUCCAGCAUGGCUUUGAGCAUAUGAAAUAGAAGAUCAAUAUAUAUGAGGAUUUUAUGAUGAGAAUGAGGAUAAUAUCUUGUUUAUUUAGAUUUUUUACCUAUGGUUAUUGUAUGCUUGAACAAUUGUCCUUGCAUGUUGUACUAGUGAUAAUAUGAUUCAGUAAUAAAUUUAGUUAACUUUUUA